CGACGCUUAUGCAAAGUACUUUGCUAAUGGAAUUUUACAAUGAGUGCGGAAUAUCGAAACUUUGCUUGGAUUAUAUUGAAGCGCAUGGUACCGCUACGAAAGCUGGCGAUCCUCCGGAAAUUAAUGCUAUCUACAACAUUUUGUGUAAAAAUAGAGAAACUCCAUUAUUUUUAGGAUCUGUAAAAUCCAAUCUUGGUCAUGCUGAACCUGCUAGCGGUUUAACGCAAAUCGCUAAGAUAAUAAUAGCAUUCGAAACUGGUUUUGUUCCACCAAACAUCAAUUAUACAUCACCACGAAAUGAUAUAGAUGCAUUGAAAAAUGGAGCCGUAUGUGUUGUCGAAAAACCAUUGGCACUUAAAAAUGGCUAUAUAGGGAUCAAUUCUUUUGGUUUUGGGGGAUCCAACGCUCAUAUGCUAUUAAAGUGGAAUCUCAAACAGAAAAUUAAUAAUGGAGCACCGAAUGAUGAUCUACCAAGGCUUGUAAUGCUAUCUGGACGUAGUGAAGAAUCAGUGAAAUUGUUUUUAAACGACAUUGCUAAUCGUCCGACAGAUGUAGAAUAUAUCCGUUUAUUACAUGACAUUUAUGCAGACAAUAUAGACGGUCACUCAUGGAGAGGGUAUAUUAUACUGAAUACUUUGCAACAAGAAUCAAUAAAAGAAAUUCAAAAUUGUAAAAAUGUGAAAAGAUCUGUUUGCUUCGUAUUUUCUGCUUUAGGCUCGCAAUGGUCAAGAAUGGGUCGAAAUUUAUUAAAAUUUCAAGUUUUCGCAAAUACGAUAAGAGUAUGUGAUGCUACUUUAAAAUCAUACGGUAUGAAUGUCACAGACAUUUUGACAAAUACUGCAGAGAAAGAAGUAUACGAAAACGCAUUACAUGCGUUUGUUGGUAUCGUCGCUAUUCAG